UUCGCCGGGGGCCAAUGGGCUGGCAGCAGUGGAGCCCGUUUGGAAGGCGAUGUUUCCACCCGCGCGGGGUUCCAGCGCUGUGUGUGCCCGUGACACAGCCAGCGGCCGGGCUGGCCCUAACAGCCGGGAAGGGACUGACCGGGCGCUCGGCCUGGGCAGCGCUAGGAACCGCCUAUUGUUCGCUGCGGUGCAGGCUCCUGGGAGCGGCUGCUGAGCCCGGAGGAGGGGGCGCCGCGGGGACAGGAUGUCUGUGGCGGGGCUGAAGAAGCAGUUCCACAAAGCCAGCCAGUUGUUCAGUGAAAAAAUUAGUGGAGCAGAAGGAACAAAACUAGAUGAAGAAUUUCAAGAGAUGGAAAGGAAAAUUGAUGUCACCAGCAAAGCUGUAGCAGAGCUUCUGUCAAAAUCCACAGAGUAUCUUCAGCCAAAUCCGGCAUACAGAGCCAAGCUGGGAAUGCUGAACACUAUGUCGAAGAUCAGGGGACAAGUUAAAACCACAGGAUAUUCCCAGACAGAAGGGCUAUUAGGGGAUUGUAUGCUACGGUAUGGCAGAGAACUUGGGGAGGAUUCUACAUUUGGCAAUGCACUGCUGGAUGUUGGUGAAAGCAUGAAGCAGAUGGCAGAGGUGAAGGACUCUCUCGAUAUUAACGUCAAGCAAAACUUCAUUGACCCUCUACAGUUAUUACAGGACAAAGACUUAAAAGAGAUUGGGCAUCAUCUGAAGAAGCUAGAAGGCCGUCGUUUGGAUUAUGAUUAUAAAAAGAAGCGUUUAGGGAAGAUCCCAGAUGAAGAAGUUAAACAAGCAGUAGAAAAAUUUGAAGAGUCAAAGGAGCUGGCAGAAAGAAGCAUGUUCAACUUUUUAGAAAAUGAUGUAGAGCAAGUUAGCCAGUUGGCAGUAUUUAUAGAAGCAGCAUUAGACUACCAUAAACAGUCCACAGAAAUUCUGGAGGAACUGCAGAGCACACUGCAAAACCGAAUAAAUGGAGCAUCUAGUCGUCCUAAGCGUGAAUUCAAGCCAAAACCUGUAAUAACUUCAACUCUGGAAAUCAGUGAUAAUCAGCAGCACAAUGGGAUAUCGUACAUUUCUUCAAUAAAAUCAUCAGGUUCUUCAGUGCACAUGGAUCAGCCUUGCUGCCAAGCUCUGUAUGACUUUGAGCCAGAAAAUGAAGGCGAGCUUGGAUUUAAGGAAGGUGACAUCAUUACUUUGACCAAUCAAAUUGAUGAGAAUUGGUACGAAGGGAUGUUAAAUGGAGAGUCUGGCUUCUUCCCCAUUAAUUAUGUCGAAGUGAUGGUACCUUUGCCUCAGUGAACACCUAAUUCAAACAGUGAACAUAAUUUCAUGAUUGAAAUGGAUUCACAAUUGUUUCAUCAAUGUGGCAUUCUGUGAAAGCCUUGCUAUUUGACUGACAGAUUUUUGUAUGCAUCUUUUUUUAAAUGUAUUUAUUUUGUAUUCCUUUAGUUUGUAUACAAAAAUAUCCCCAAUCCUUCCUUGGCUACGUGAAAAUGCAAAAAACCCAACCUCCACUUUUUUUGCUUUGUGCCUGGAAGAUUACUGUCUGAGGUGUUUACUGGUAGCUCAGUGUUGCUCCAAAAAUGCAUUCCUUUGCUCUUACUGUAUGUGGAGCAUUUUUUAAAUAAUCCUCUGGCUGCAAUGAUUUUUGCUGUUGAAAACUAUUUUUAAAAAUACUGAGUAAAGCUAACUGUAACCAGUUAAGAAUUACUAAUGUCACUAAGCCUUUUUCAUCCAUCGCAAUGUAACUUACUGUGAUCAACCUAAUCUGUGCUUCACAUUGAAUGUUGACAAAAGGCUAAGAUGUUCGUGUACUAAGUACAAAAUUAGAAUUGAAUAUUCCUCUAAUUUAUUGACUAUACUUAAUAAAUAUUACUGUGGGGAAAGUGUAAAGACUGCUGCUCACACAGUUGGAUUUCUGGAACUUGUUUUCAAGCAGUGUUUUUAAUGCUGUGGCCGAGCACGUUCCUCUAUAGAUGCACCUCCAUUUUCAGACGGCGUUUAUGACAUUGUACAAAAUGAACUGUCAGGACCA